CCGCCCUCCGGCCCGGUGCCGGGCGGGCACCCCAACGCCCUCUCUGAGGGCGGGAGACCUCGGGCCGGGUUCCUGGAAGGCGAGGCGGGGGGACAUGAGGUGGCGCCCGUGGCUGCCCGCCUGCCUGGCCUGGGGCUGUGUGGCCGCGCUGUGCGGCUCCCGCGGGCUCUGCCCGGCCCCGAACGCCUCCCGCCCCGAGCCGGGGCAGUGCCCGCCGCGCCGGGCGGCCGAGCUCUGCGCCUGGGCCCUGUCCUCCGACAGCCUGCUAGAUCCUUUUCCCGUUGAUGUGAUCCAAGAAAAUUAUGUCCGUAAUGUGAGAAACUGCAUUUUUUCAGUUGUCUAUCCUACACCCUUUAAAUCUAGAGUUCGUCUUGUAGCUGUUUCAAAGGAAGUUCUUGAAAAUAUUUUGGAUCUUGAUGUAUCUGUCAAAGGAUCAUCUGAUUUUCUGGAGUUCAUCAGUGGUGGGAAAGUGAUAUCUGGGUCUGUUCCUCUGGCCCAUAGGUAUGGGGGUCACCAGUUUGGUAGCUGGGCAGGUCAGCUGGGGGAUGGAAGAGCCCACUUGAUCGGCGUAUAUACAAACAGGCAUGGUGAGAGGUGGGAACUGCAAUUAAAAGGGUCAGGAAAGACCCCAUACUCCAGGAAUGGUGAUGGGAGAGCUGUGCUUCGCUCUUCUGUUCGAGAGUUUCUGUGUAGUGAGGCCAUGCACUAUCUUGGAAUUCCUACAAGCAGGGCUGCUAGCUUAGUUGUAAGUGAUGAUGAUGUGUGGAGAGACCAGUUUUACAAUGGAAAUAUUAAGAAAGAAAGAGGUGCAAUAGUGCUUCGACUUGCCAAAUCGUGGUUUCGUAUAGGAUCCUUGGAAAUCUUAGCUCACUCUGGGGAGCUGGACUUACUAAGAAGAUUGCUAGACUUUAUCAUCCAGGAACAUUUUCCAUCAAUAGCUAUGAAUGAUUCAAAUAGACACCUGGAAUUUUUCUCUACAGUCGUGUCAGAGACUGCAAAUCUCAUUUCCUUGUGGAUGUCUGUGGGGUUUGCACAUGGUGUGUGCAAUACAGAUAACUUCAGUUUAUUGUCCAUAACAAUAGAUUAUGGUCCAUUUGGAUUUAUGGACUCCUACGACCCAAAUUUUGUUCCAAACACAUCUGAUGAUGAAAGGAGGUAUAAAAUAGGAAAUCAGGCAAGUGUUGGGCUGUUUAAUCUGAGCAAGCUGUUACAAGCCCUAAAACCUUUAUUGGAUCCCAGGCAAAAGCAGCUAGCUUCCCAAAUUUUGGAGGGGUAUGGUGAGCACUAUCACAGUCGUUUCACAGAACUAUUCAAAACAAAAUUGGGUCUUCUUGGGGAGAAUGAGAAUGAUAACUAUUUGAUUGCUUUCCUCUUAAAAAUUAUGGAAGAUACACGGGCUGAUUUUACAAUGACAUUCCGAGAGCUGAGUGAAAUUACUGCAGACCAGUUAAAGGAGCUCCAUAUUCCUGAGGAGUUCUGGGCUCUCCAGGAUCUGCGUAAACACAAAUUAUUUUCAGAAUGGGUUACUUUGUACCUCCUGAGAUUAAACAGUAACAAUGGUGACUCAGACGCCAAAAGAAGAAGAAGAAUGGCAACUGUUAAUCCUAGAUAUAUACUUAGGAAUUGGAUGGCAGAAUCAGCAGUGAAAAAAGCUAAUUUGAAUGAUUUCUCGGAGGUUCAGCUCCUAGAGCAGGUUUUACAGCACCCCUUCCAGAGGCAGGAGGCUGCAGAGAGAGCAGGGUACUCCCUGCGCCCCCCAGCCUGGGCCAAGCAUCUCAAAGUCAGCUGCUCAUCCUGAGGGAAAUUCAAACAAGCAACAAGAACGAUCAAGGUCAAAGCUCAAGACUUCCAAUAGGACUAAUGGAUCAAGCCACAGGAAUUUCUCUCCCUUAGACUUUGUGGACAGGAAUCUGCUACAGUGCUUGACCAACUUACGAAGACAUAAAUAACACCAAUAAUAAAUGUUAUGUGGGCAGACAUAAAUGUUCUUAAAUCCUGCAGACCUGGCACAGAGGAUCAUCUUAGACCUUGACACCUUUCCUCAUUCUGAUUAUGUUUUGUCCCAUUAAACUGACAGAAGAUUUAAAGGAAAUUCAAUUAAAUAGUUAGCAAAGAUGUCCAUCUUGGAAGAGACAAAAGUGUCUGUCUUACUCCAGAGUAAGUUUUGGUGUCUUUGCUGGUGUCAGGUACCUUUCCAGAGGACCACUGCUCUUUCAAAGUAUCUUCUGAUAGGAGUAGAAAGAUUAUGGUGCAUAGUUAUGAAGUCUCAGGAAAAAUUCACUGUUUGGCUCUGGAAAAGGACUGUGAUGGGAGCAUCUCAGCUGAGACUGCUUCAGUUUCAGGUAUGGAGGAAGGUUAAAAAGGACAUGCUGCAAUUUCAGAUAUUUUCUGACUAAAAUACUGUAAGGUCUAGUGAUAUACAGACCAUUCAGAAGGCAAUAGGUUAGGCAGAGGUAGAAGGAUUAAUUUCUUUCUAUAAAUGCUUUGAAUUACAGCAUUGGAACAUCUUUUCAUAUUUUGCAGCAUAUUUUGGUACCAGAUCAAGCCAGAAAAUUGUGUAUCAAUAAGCUUUGUUCUUUGAAUGGAGCUUAAAUCUUACAUUUAAAGAAUUCCAUGUAACCAUGUACCAACACAAAAUAGUUGAUAGAGGUCUAACCAUCACAGCAUUUUACUUGAUUUCUGGAGUUUUCUGUAGGCUUUGAUUUUUUUUGUUUUGAAGAAAGUUCAGCUUCUUUUGUGUAAGAUUAAGUACAUGAAUUAUGAUCGACUGCAGAUGUAAAAUGUAUUAAAAUUGAUUUUUUUGUGUUGUAACAAAAGAGACGGGAGGAAAUAGGGUGGGAGGCUGAGUGUUCUGGUGAGAAGAGUGAAUGCUAGAAAAGCCACUGUAAAAGUCUCAGUGCUUUGCGACCUUACUGUGCAACAUUUUUCAAGGGACAUGUUCUGCUUAAUUUUGAUGCUGGGUGUAUAUUUCAUAAAAUGCAUUUGAUUUAAAAAUAGUUGACUCGUAGACAGCUGUUGUCACCUAAGUAUGUCAAAUAUGUGCACUCCUAGUCAGAAAAUGACACCUAGCUCUUCAAUGAUUCUGCAUAAUGCGUCCUUCAGUUAUAUAUGGAAAGGGAUUGGGAAACAGUAAUCUUUUCCUCAUAUUUAAUUAUUUUUUUAACUCCUGGUUUUAACCCUCUUACUUUAAGGCCGUUGAUAUUCUUCCCCUCCUCUUUGAACUGAGCCUUGCACUGGUAUCGAGGGCAUUUCUCAGUCUGGCAGUUUGAAGGUGCUGAUACCUUUAGAAUGUCCCAGCAUGUCAAUUCAAGACUUCCAGUGACAUUUUUCUUAAUGGUGGGCAGAGUUCUCUUGGUGAGAGCUUUUUGCUCAGUUCAGCUGAAAGCAAGGGAGCUCAAAAACCAGUAAGAGCUGGAUGGACUCUCUCUGUGUCAGCUUAACAUGGUGUUUAAAGCAAAAUCAUUUCAGAAAGAAAUGCAUGUGGUUCCAAACACUGUUUUCAGCUUUAAAUAAAAUAAAAGAAACAUUUUUAAAAGCA